AUGGCCGUAAGCAUGAUUCAGGAGUACGCUAUACAGUUGAUCAUGGACGCCGGGGUCAACGCCGGUGAAGCGAUCCAGCUGAACAAGUACAUCUCCGACCUCCGUACCAGCUUGCCCAGAGCUCGCUUGCUCAUCGACCGCGCCGAGUGGGGCAGGCUGAAGAGCAGCGACCUUGCGACGCUGCUCUCUAAGCUCAAGGACACCACCUACGACGCCGAGGACCUUCUCCGCGCGUUCGACGACCAGCUGGCUCGACAGAAAAUUGAGGACGAGGGCCGCGGCAGGGCAGGUCGAAUCUUCUCUUCCUCUUUAAAUAUUUUCAAGGUGUGGAUCAGCGGCAGCAGCGAAAGGCUAACGGAGGCCAAAGAAAAUCUCAGCAAGGUCAUGGAUGAAGUAGAAAGAGUUGUUGCCUUGAUGGGUCUUGAUGUUCCAGGGGCGCAACAGCUGAUGCCCGAGACUAGUCCAGUGCUGACGGGGCCAGUGUUCGGCCGUGACGAAGAAAGGGAUGUUGCGAUUGAGAAGCUGGGCGUCACGAUUGGCCGCGAAGAGGUACGAGACUUGUUAAUCCAGCAAAUGGGUGUGCCACUCGUCGCCGGAGCCAGAGGUGGUGAAUCUGCUCUUGGAAACGAGAGAGCGGCACAAGGCAGUGCUAAGCGCCUGAAAGGAGAGAGUAGCAGAGGUGCCGAGUUGACGGCCACCAGCAAUCUUUCCGUCUUGCCCAUUGUUGGCAUUGGCGGGGUCGGGAAGACUACCUUGGCUCAAUACAUCUUCAAUGAUGCAAGGGUUGAGGAGCACUUUUCCUUGAUGUUGUGGGUCUGUGUUUCCGAUAUUUUUGACAACAAAAGGAUAACAAAGGAGAUCCUGGAGUCCAUCCCUAGAGAUGGAAAUCAACCUUUCAACUCUUUGGGAAGCUUAGGCGCUCUUCAAAAGGAAUUGAAGAAGCGGCUGCAGGGGCAAAAAUUUCUAUUGGUGUUGGAUGAUGUAUGGGAGAUUACAAAAAUGAAAUGGGAGAACCUUUGUGCACCACUGUGGCAUGGCCAUGAUGGCAGCAUGGUCCUGGUCACUACAAGAUUUCAAAAGGUUGUUGAUCUUGUCGGAACCUUCAAGUCCAUUAUUCCACUAGAAGGCCUGCCUACAACUGUAUUUCGGGAAUUCUUCAGUAAGUGUGCAUUUGGUGAAGAGCAUCCGGGCUCGUAUCCUCAGCUGCAAGACAUUGGCCACAAAAUUGCUGAUAGGUUGUGUGGGUCUCCUCUGGCUGCCAAAACUCUCGGUCGCUUGCUGAAUAUGGAGCUGACGGUGGAAAGGUGGAGGACUAUCCUCAACAGUGAAUUAUGGCAGCUACCACAUGAAGAGAAUGAGAUAUUACCUGCCCUUCAACUCACCUACCUGUAUCUCCCAGACUACCUUAAGAGAUGUUUUGCGGUUUGCUCUAUGUUUCCAAAAGAUUACAGCUUUGAAAGAGAUGAGUUAGUUAGAUUUUGGGUGGCACAAGGCCUUGUUAAGGCAAAAGAGAACAUGCGCCUUGAAGAUGUGGGGCUUGCAUAUCUGGACGAUUUGAGAAGCAGGUUCCUUUUUCAGAAUGAUCCCAAGUCCCCUGAACAAGAUAAAUAUGUUAUGCAUGACUUGAUACAUGACAUGGCACAGUCUGUUUCAGUGGAUGAGUGCUUUUUGAUGCAAGGUUUGAGCUGUCAGAACCGUCGGCGAAUGCCACCACACACAAUUCGCUGUAUGUCAGUUGAAGUAGAUAAUGAAGCUCUGAGCAGAAUGGGAGGAGUUGACCAUUUGAAUAAAUUGAAUUCACUAAGGUUUGGAAUGGGGCUCAAGGUUGAAGAUUCAUGGUUUAAGCAGCUCCCCAACAUCCUCUUUUUGAGUCUUAAGGGUUGUAAGCUUGAAAUGCUACCCGAAAGCAUUUGUGAGUUGAACAGUCUUCGUUAUCUUGACAUAUCAAAUACUGCUAUAAAAGAAUUGCCUCAUAAACUUUGGUCCCUUUACACUCUACAGUUUCUUGAUGCCAGAUGUUCAGGUUUAACUACAAUUAAUCAGGGAGUAACAAAACUAGUUAACUUGCGUUGGCUAAAAGUACGACGGGGCUUGGAUAAAUUAAGUGGGAUUGGGAAACUGUCUUCUCUACAGACCUUGUAUAAAUUCACAGUUGGAAAAAGGGAUGGGAGGAAAAUUGGUGAACUUAACGGCAUGAAUCAGCUCAGCGAUAUCUUACAUAUCCGUUACUUAUCUAGCGUACAGAGUGAGGAAGAAGCUGCUGAGGCUAGACUUGUUGACAAGCAAUACCUCAAGCAUUUAAAGCUAGAUUGGCGGCAUAGAGAUAGAGACUUCAUGUUGAGGAGCCGUGAGAAGAUGAGCAGAGUUUUGGAAGGGUUACAUCCUCCUUCAAGUAUUGAGUCGCUUACAGUCGUGAAAUUUGGAGGUGAUAACUUUCCUCCCAGCUGGUUAAAGCAAGAAAAUCUACCUGCUUUAAAAACCCUGAGUCUGCAAUAUUGUGAUGGCAUUAAACAAUUGGUGCUACAUGGCGUUGGGAAUGAAGUUGAAAAUCUGAGAACAACUGCUGACGCUACUCCAAGCGACUCAACUAGUGACAACAGUGUGCAGCAAGCUAGUCAACAACAGCAACGGAAAUGCAUGUCUUCCCUUUAA